AUGAGAGCUUGUAGCCUCAGUCCGGGUGGAUCGGCGGGCGGCCUGGCGGUGGGCGGCCUUUCUCCGGGCGGCACCUCCUCCUCCGGGGCGGCCCCGUGCUGUGAGUCGGGCCGACCCUUGAUGACCGACCCCGUGACCGGCCAGAGCGUCUGCUCGUGCCAGUACGACUCUGCGCGCUUGGCGGCGCUGCAGUACCGGAACGCGAGCGUGGGGAACAUCAAACUGAGCAGUCUAGCGAGAGAUCCAGCUUAUAAACUCUGGAUAUCCUCUUUAACGCUGUCAGACAUGGCGCUAAGUGGCAACUCGGCAUCAGGAAUCGAUCCUGCAACGACCAGCAAUCCCUAUGCCCUAAAGGACGCUAGUGGAGCCACCGAUAUGUCAGCGUGGACUAGUGCUGGACUCCAACCAACUACAGGCUACUAUCCUUAUGAUCCUACGUUAGCAGCUUAUGGAUAUGGCGCAGGAUACGACCUGGCGGCUCGUCGCAAAAACGCAACGAGAGAGUCCACCGCCACCUUGAAGGCCUGGCUUAACGAGCACAAGAAAAACCCCUACCCGACCAAAGGCGAGAAGAUAAUGCUGGCGAUCAUCACGAAGAUGACGUUGACGCAAGUGUCAACGUGGUUCGCGAACGCCAGGAGGAGGCUGAAGAAGGAGAACAAGAUGACGUGGGAGCCGAAGAACAAAACGGACGACGACGAUGAUGCCAUGGUGUCCGAUUGCGACGACAAAGACAAAGAGGACGAUGACAAAAGGGACGACACAGACAUCCACGGCAGGAUCAAGUCGGAACGGAGCUCCAAAGACCUCGACGACGACGACAUGACGGACGAGGACAGAAAGGAGGACCUGUUGGGGGGCAGCAUGCACCACCUCCUCGGCAGCGGGUUCGGCCUCAAGGCCGAGCUGAAGACCUCCGACUGCGGCGUGCCGCUUCCCCCCUCCAAACCCAAGAUCUGGUCGCUGGCGGACACGGCGGCCUGCAAAACCCCCCCACCUCCUCCCGCCUCCCAGUGGCUGGGGGGCAACGGGUUCGCCUUGCCCAGCUCGAGCAUGAAGCUGCCCAGCGUGGCGGGCAACCUGAUGCCCGGCCAGGGGGGAUGCUCGGGGGGUUCGUCAGCGGGCGGGGGGUACUCGCAGGGGUUCCUCGGGGGGUUCGGGAGGAUGCAGUCGCCGCACAGAGGGGGGCAAGGGGGGCAGAACGGCAUGGCCUACGCUGGAGCGGCGAACAAUGGGCAAAGUGCAAAUGGAACAAAUAUACAGUGUGUUAGUGAAAAGACAAUCGACCUAUUGUACAUUUGUGUAAAUGCAUUUAUUUUUAUCUGUGAUAAAGAACAAAAUAAUAUCGGCGCUCGGGACUCUCUAUAGAAGUUAUAUAGUUGAUAGAAGAAAAAAAAAUGUUGCUCUCGCACCUAUGUUUGUCCAAAUGUUGUGUAUACCAUCACAAGUCAGAAUAGUUGUAUUCUUCUGGAGCAGAUCGAUUCCGCAUCAAAUUAAGUUAUUCUGUUCCGCUGUGUGGAAUUCAUAUCUGCUUCUUUCUUAUGAAAAUAUAAAGAAUAUGCAUUUCAGCAAAAUAUUUGAUUCAAAUUUCAAAAAAGUACUGCUUAUUUAAACAAUACAAUACAAUAUCAAGAAUAAGAUGAAAAAAAAAUGAUUCGGAGCAUAAUUUAUAAGUUGAAGGUAUCAGGUUUUGCUGGAAUGCAUUGUUUCUAAAAUAGCAAGAUUUUGGAGAUCAUUUUUUGCGGAAUUGGGGUGCAUCCAUAGUUUUUCGGGUUUCACCUACUUUUUAUUGUUAUGUUCUUUUUAAAGUAAUAGGAAAUUGUUGUGUAUAAAGAGUACCAUAUCAUGGAUUUGUAAGAUUCUAUUAUUAUAACUAACAUUUAUAUUUUUGUUGGCUUUCAGCCUGGAUUUGUAAAUUAUUUUAUCUGUUUGUAAAUAGUUCAGUGUAUAGAAGGAUAUUAUGAUUAUGAUUGUCUUAAUUAAAAUAUUAACAGAAACUAUAGAAA